CCACGACGUCGACCACUGCCAGUUACACAGUGCCGCCGUCUUCGUCCUCGAUGGACACCCCAUCUCACCGGCUUGACAAGGGAAAGGCGCGGGCGCAAGACAUUGAGCCCACCGAACAUACACCGCUCCUUGCGUCGACCUCAGGCUCUCUCUCUUCGUCUCGCGAUGCCAGCAUCGAGAACCCUCGUACGGCGCGCCGAAGACUCUACUCUCGACUGCUUUAUGUCUUCCUAAUAUCUCUGUCGAUUUGUGUCUUGGUCUUCGCGCUGGUGGCUAUCAUCGCGUACUCGUACGGCUCUCAUGCCUCUCAAAUUCCGCCGGAAGAGAUCCUGCAGCGCGCUCUAGUCAUGCAGGGGCCGGAUAGAGUGGAGGUCCUCUCCGCGUCGCCGGAGGAGGGCGUUCUGCUUCUGGUUUCUGGGAGGGUCGGCUUGGACGCUGGCAUAGUGGUCGGUGUCAAGCGUGCAGAGGACGACGGUGUGUUUUAUUCAAUGUGGAAGUCUCUCGGACGGUGGGGUAUUCGCCGCCUCGACCGCGUCACAACAACGCUCUCCUCAAUACAAGUGUCGCCGAGGGCGCAUCCGGACGACGUGCUGGCGACGAUCACACCCAUGCCAUUCGAGAUUCCACUCACCGCCGACCCUCCUACGAAGGGUUUUGGCUGGCUCACCCCUGUGGAAGUCCCAGUGCGCAUCAAGCCGACUAACGACGUCCCUGCGCUGCUUCGGUUCGUCCGGGAGAGCUGGAAGAUCGGCUUUGUGAGCGUACAGGCAAGCGUCCCGCAGGCGGUCGUGCAUGGCGGCGGGUUGCGCGACUCUGGGUGGAGAAGUCUCUUUGCGGUGUCGCACACGAACGUUCGCCCAGUGAUAAACAUGAAGAUUCCCCCGGUUCCCGGCCUGCCUACCCCCGGAAAUAAUAGCGAGCUCCCCAACUUCUCCGAUAUAGUCACCCUCGAGUCGUUUGAUAUAACUUCAGAAGACGACACCAUUCGCAUCUCCGCCAACGCCACGGCAAUAAAUCCUGUACCACUAGACCUCGAGUUCAUCUCGCCGCCACUCCCUUUCAUCAUCGCUCUCCCCUCGCCCGAUUCUUCUUCGGUCCCAGUGGCCUCCGUGCACUCACAUCCCUUCGCUUUGACCCAUCCGAACAUAUCCUUCACCGUGGACGGAACCGUCGUUCCACUUGCGAAUAACGCCUCUGGCGCCCUUUCGGUGUUCGUGAGCGAGUACAUCUCCGGGCGGGACGCCGACAUACAAAUCACCACCCCGCUCCUGCCUAACCUUAUCGUUAACACCACGUUCCCCGCACCACGUCCCAAGCCGGAGAUCCUGCAGAACGUGUCGAUCACGGACAUGCACAUCAAGCCCGUGGGCACGAUGAUGGUGGCCAGCGGGACCGUGCACGCGCUCGUCGUUUUACCGCGCGGCAUUAACGUCGGCGUAAACGCGAGCCGCGUCUUCCCGGAUGUGCUCGUGUUCGACGGCGCGGUUCCCGGCCCUGGUACGAACGACUCAGAUACCGACUCUACUGGGGACAAACACAGCGACCCGCCGCCUGCGCAACCCCUACCUGACCCGCUCCCCGCGCAUGCGUUCGCGCACAUCCUCCCGGAGGACUGGCUGCCCGCGGAGUGCGUAUCGGUAGAGGGUCCGGAGGGCUCAGGAUCGACCGUCGCAGUGACGGCGCACAUCGUGGACGUUCCAUUGGAGGUAUUGCCCGGGCGCGAGCGCGAGUUCAGCAAUUUUGUGUCCAAGGUAAUCUUUGGCACCCAGGGCGCGCUCGCAGGUGUGCAGGGCGUGGCAGCGGUCGCCGCGCGCGUGAACGGGCUGCCGUUCGCCAACGGGCGCGACGGCGAGAUGGAGCUGACUGGUCUCCCGUUCCAGGGGAGUGUACGGAUAGGGAAGAAGGGCGGACUUGGCGGACUGGACUGAUCUUGUUGCAUAGAACAUUGUUUGCAUAUUGCUCCGACUCUUGCUGUAACUCUGCACCUCUGUUCGAUACGAUAUUCUUGGACCCAU